CAGCAACCCUCCCUCGGGCGGCGUAUGCCUUGGGGUGAUAGUAGCGCAGCUUCUAUUGAAGAGGCCAUGGCACUGUGUGAGACCGUGACAUGAGCUGAGUGAAUGUUGUGCCCGAUAAAGGAGGACUUGUCCAUUCGGAUCCUGCUCCUUCUGAUAAUGCCUGUUCUGGUGGAGUGCCUUCUGAGAACGUGCGUGUUUCCCUCGCUCAGCACUUUGUGUCCUGAUCUUUCAGCACUUGGAAAACAAGGGGAAAUUAAAGGGCUGUCCGAAAGCAGAGAGAGAGAAAAAAAAUGACAGUAAAUUACAUUUCAUCUCCCCGCGAUGGAGAAUUGAGUAAACAAUGUCGGUCAGGCUGAUUCCCCCCGCCAGGUGUCACUCCCCUGAGCCAAUGGGCGCUGUGGGAGGUGUUAUAUGCGCAGCCCCGGCCUGAGACCAAUAUCAGGCGCCAGUGCAGUCGACGCUGCAGUGUUUUUCCAGUCCUUGCUGCAGCUUCACAGCCCCAGUAACUCCUUAAGAUCCCUUUCUGUUUCUUGCAAUUGGAGAAUAAAUGGCCAACAGUUUACAAUCUGGAGCUGCCUGAGAGAGAAGAAACAUAAAAGUUUGGGCAGCAGAAUUGUUUUAUUAAGCAGCAGAUAUAAAGUUUGCGUAGGUUAAGCAAAGUGGGGGUGGGGGGGGGGACUUUCAACAGAAGCCCAUAAUAACGAUGCCAUGGGUUUUGCUUUUCUUUGGUGUUGAGUUAAAGAGGUCGGUUUGACAAGAGAGGAGAAGUCAGGUUUUUAAUUCACUCCAAAGUGCCUCCAGUUGCUCUUCAGGCGAAGGUUUGAGUCUGAGUUUUAAAAAGUGAAUGAAGGAGGGCUCCAUGUCCAGGACAAUGUCUCAGGCGGAGGUGGACCUGGCUGGUUUUGGGGUUAUCGCCUCGCCGCUGGAUUUGGACCUAGAGCGCUCGCCUCUGCUCAGCAAGAUGCAGAACCGGCGGCGGAGAGCGCCCGCCAGAGACUGCAGGAGGAACCCCCGCCUCCAGAGGAAAAGCUCCAUCGAGAUCGAGCUGGGGGCUGACGGUCUCCUCCUCCGCCGCCCGCUCCGGCCACAGCUAACCCCGGACAGCGAGCCGCCGCCGCCGACGCCGCCGCCGCCCGCUGAGGGCGGGCCAGGAACGGGCGCCCCCAGCGCUCCGCCCGGCUGCCCAGCGCCCCAGCCCCUGCUCAAAGCGGCGGCGGCGGCCACCGCCAACAGCUCGGACACCGAGGAUGGCAGUCCCCGCCUCCCACACAAAGACUCGGUUUCCGAGCUUCCCGAGGAGAGUAAGAUGGAACCGGAGGAGAAUGAGGUGGAGAUGAAGGCGGUGGACACCUCUCCCGAUGGCAGGUUCCUGAAAUUCAACAUCGAGCUGGGCAGAGGGUCCUUCAAAACUGUCUACAAGGGCUUGGACACGGAAACGACUGUGGAAGUGGCAUGGUGCGAGUUACAGACUCGAAAAUUAUCGAAGGCGGAGAGGCAGAGGUUCAGUGAGGAGGUGGAGAUGCUGAAAGGAUUACAACACCCCAACAUAGUGCGUUUCUAUGAUUCCUUUAAAUGUUCAGUCAAAGGUCACAAGUGUAUUGUGCUGGUGACGGAGCUGAUGACAUCAGGGACGCUCAAAACGUACCUAAAGCGGUUCAAAGCAAUGAAGAAUAAGGUUCUGCAGAGGUGGAGCAGACAGAUUCUGAAGGGCCUACAGUUUCUUCAUACACGGUCACCUCCUAUCAUCCACCGUGACCUGAAAUGUGAUAAUAUCUUCAUUACAGGGCCAACUGGCUCUGUAAAGAUUGGCGACCUUGGUCUUGCAACACUAAAGAGUGCAUCAUUUGCAAAAAGUGUAAUAGGUACUCCGGAAUUUAUGGCUCCUGAGAUGUAUGAGGAAAAGUAUGAUGAAGCUGUUGAUGUUUACGCAUUUGGCAUGUGCUUGUUGGAAAUGGCCACCUCAGAAUAUCCAUAUUCAGAGUGCCACAAUGCAGCCCAGAUAUAUCGAAAAGUAACAAGCGGAGUUAAGCCAGCCAGCUUUAACAAAGUAAAAGUCCCAGAGCUCAAAGAGAUUAUUGAAGGAUGCAUACGCCAAAACAAAGAUGAGAGCAGGUACACCAUUCAGGAUCUUCUCGACCACUCAUUCUUUCAAGAGGACACUGGGGUCCAUGUAGAGCUCGCAGAGGAAGAUGAUGGAGCAAAAUCUGCCCUAAAACUUUGGCUCCGCAUGGAUGAUUCAAAGAAACUCCAUGGAAAAUAUAAAGACAACAAAGCUAUAGAGUUUCUUUUUGAACUGUAUAAGGAUGUUUCAGAAGAGGUGGCACAGGAAAUGGUAACCUUGGGUUUUGUGUGUGAGGCUGACUACAAAUUGGUUGCAAAGGCCAUCAAAGAUCGUGUGACUGAGGUCAAGAGAAAACGUGAGAGAAACCAACGUAUGCAAGAGGAACUGAAGAAAAAAGAGCAGGAGAAAAAGAAGAAGAUUUAUGAGCUCUUGGAAGAGCUAAAGGUGCCUCAGGACACAACAGAGAGUGCAGCUGGAGCUACUCAACUUUCCAAACCUACAGCCACCACAGGUCUAACUGAGAUCCUGCUGAUUCCUCCAUUCCCACCUGAGCCUGAGGAGCCAGAGGCUGAUCAGCAUCAGACUUUUCGUUAUAGAAAUACUAACUAUUCUUCAGCUACAUCUGAUUGUGAGACUGAUGGUUAUCUGAGUUCUUCUGGAUUCUUGGAUUCCAAUGACAAUUUGCACAUGGCUGGCCAGUUAACACCUAAAUCUACAAUUGGACUCCAGUUUCCAGCAAGCAUUGCUGUGACUAUUCCCUCAAAACAUCAUUUAUCACUUCACAGUGGGCUCAAUUCGCCAGUUGACAGCUAUGCCUCAGAUGUUGCUUCUGGAAUGAGUGAUGGGAACGAAGGUCUAUCUGCAGGAGAAGGAUCAACAAAACUGCCAGUGAAACAUAUAUCGAGCAAACUCAUUCGUAGGCGUGGCAGAUCCAGGCUACGAAUUCUUAACAUUUCAGACAAAGGAGAUCGGGUUGUAGAGUGCCAACUCCAGACACACAACAACAAAAUGGUAACAUUCAAGUUCGAUUUAGAAGGAGACUGUCCUGAAGAUAUUGCUGUUGUUAUGAUCAAUAGGGAGUUCAUUCUACUGUCAGAGCAGGAUGGUUUUGUCAGCAAGCUGCAAGAAAUCAUACACAAAGCAGAAGCUGUGUUAAAGAAGGAUAUUCAUGGGGAUCACGGCACUGAAAAACUUAGUAAACAGUCAAGUACUGCCAGUUCCCAUGAUUCUCAGGGAGAAGAAAGGUUAAACCAGGCACCAUAUCCCACAUUAUUGCCUUCAGCUUCAAUAGAUGAAGUGAGUACCCCUCUCAGUCAAGUGGUAGAGUCUGCAACAAGGAAGUUUCUGGUCAGCCCUGUUCCUGAAAAUAAGUUGUCAAGUCCUAUGACGGUUAACUCAUCAACUCAGCCUUAUGUCGUCACCACAUCUACAGCUUCAUCAAAUGUGUUCUACCAGCCGAGAGCAACAUCACAACCAAUUUCAGUAGCAACAUUUAGUAAUGUGUCACUUAACAGUUUUGACCCAAUUCAAGUCACUAACAGUGAAAACAGUGGAACCGACUUGUUUAUAUCUACGCCAUUGCAGAAUUUUAAGCCAGUGCUAGCGUCUCUACCUACUGCUACAUCUGCUUCGAACAUUCUUCAAAACGUAGCACUGAAUCAGCAGGAGAGUCCACAAUAUGCUGUGCAACAAGAAUUUCCAACAAAGGAGGCAGAGAAUGUUGGCAAAGACAUGCCACAGUUUUUACAGCCACAAGGUAAUAGCUGGCCAACAACCACACAGCCCUUGUCUCUCUUGGCUGAUGUACUAUCAUUGAUGUGCAUGAGUCAUCUGGCCCAUACAAUGUUACCGAGCAGUUCUUCACACUCUCCACUGGUGUCUCCCAGUAGCAUUGUCUCUUCUCCAGGCUUUCUGCCUGUCAACAUUUCAAGGCUGCCUCGUCUUUCAUCUCCAGAAAUAAAUAUUGGAAAACAACCAAAUAAUGCUGAGAAUGGUGGCAUGGAAAGGCUAGAAGGACAACUUGGACCAAUUUUUCCUGAAUGCAACAGAUCUCAUGAGACGCUCCAAAACUUCAGCCACGUACUGGGAACAUCAAGUUCUGAACCUGGUCACAUGGUAUCAUCAAGCAAAGAAACUGACUUCAGUUCAACAUCUUUGGAUAUCCAGGGUACCCCAUACCAGAGCGUAGCAGCUCCUACAACAGCUAUCACACCAAUGUCUACCGCAAUACCAGUCUCUAACAUGUACUCUCCAUCAUCAACAAACUCUCCAUUUUAUUCACAUCCCAGUCCAAUAUUUAAUCUUGCAGGUUCCCUUUCACCACCUCAGAAUGUUAAUCUAGGAAAUUAUGUGCAUACUAGUUUCUGUGGCAGCACGUUAGUCUCACCUUCCAUGCCUCAAGUUGCUGUUACAAAUCUUAUAAGCACCUCAACUAAAGAACUAGAGAAUAGACAGUUCUCGUUGCUGGAUAUAAGUAAGAAAAGUAUAUCAUCAUUGAUUAUAACUGAAGCCCUAACAUCACAAUCAGGAAAGUCAUCAUUGCCUCCUAUUACUGAGGAGUUCAAGAAUUUUCAACCAAUUGGUUCACCCCAGGCCCUUACAGUAGGACGCUUUGAAGUCUUGAAAACUCGAGAUCUAAUUAAAGAAGUUUCUCAACUGGCAAAUCAUGAAGCCACUAAAACAGAAGAUCAUUUGGUUGCAGACAACUGUGCUCCUUUGAGACCAACUAUGACUCUCAGUGAACCAAUGUUGGACAUUGGAUUGGGUGUUGCACUGGGAAGUCAGCAAGAUAGCAACACCGUGCCAAGUUCACCCAGCCAGAUUGUGCAGUCUUCCUUAGGAAUUUCUGAGGCUGCUGCUGACAAUCACUCUCUAGAUAGUAACAAAGUAAUGGUCAGUUCAGGAGAUGAAAAACAAAAUACUGAUUCCAAACUAUUGGAUGACCACACUGAUUCAGUCCCUGUACAUGGAUGGAUUCAAUAUUCACGGUCAACUGUCUACGUAAGCAGUGACGAUACUGAGAGCGAUGGCGAUGAGAUAUUUGAAGAGUUGCAAAACCUGAGAGAAAAACACAUGGCAGAGGUUCAGAAGUUGCAGGCAAUACAAAAGAAGGAGAUUGAGGAACUCUAUGAAAAGAUGGGCAAAGUACCUCCUGCAGGAAUAGUAUCACCAGCUGCAAUUUUGACUGGAAGACAAAGGCGUUUAUCUAAGGGCAAUUUUAACCAAUCCCGUCGUAACAGCCUGCAACGACUUGAGGUUUUACAGCAAGCAGGAUUCAGUAGAAGAAAUUCCUUAACGGGCAGUUGCAGCUCACAGGAUCAACGCCAAACGCCGUCUUCUGUUGGUGGGGGUUACUUUUCCUAAAAGCUUCUGAAAGUGUGCUGAAGAGUUAAUCAUCGGAAACGAAGGCUCUGCACAAUAAAUCUAAAUUAAAUGGAACAGAGAAACACAUAUAGCUCCAACUGCAAUAAAAGUCCGUCACUGUUACACCUGUAUUAUCUGUAGAAAUAACCCAUUGUUGGUAGAUUUAUGGAUAGUUAUUGUAGUUAACAGUUUGGGCUUGGAUUAUUAUACAAUGCACGCAGUCAGCAGUAUAUGAUUUUGUAUAAGCCUAUGCUCUUCAAACAUAUGUUCAGAAAUAUUCUGGAUGAUCCCUAUCAGGAAUUUGUAAGGGAUGAAUCCCCCUUUACAAUUGUCACAGCAUAAGAUAUAAGGAUAUAUACUGCAUUUGUUUUUCUGGAAACACUGUAAAGUACAGAACAAGGAAACACAACAGCACAAUUUUAAUCAGAUCACAUUAUCUGGCAUGAAAUACUUCAACAAUGGUCCCUGUUUUAAUCAGGUACAAAGAUCUAUUUUUUUUGUUCCUGCUGACAGUUCAUUAAAAUAUACUAUUCAUGGUAAUUUAUUGCUAAUGAAAUCUGAUCAAAUCAGAUUUAAAACUGAACACAAGAAAAUAGACUAGAUAAGAAUUUUUGUAUUUUUAGAGGAAGUUUGUUAACCUUGCAAUAUAAAGACAAUCUAAUGAGUGCUGGGUGCUAAGCAACCAAUAUAAAUCAUCUGUGUAUUUUUGUAUUAAAAUAUGUUCUGCCAAUGUCACACUGUAAAAAAAAAACUGACUUUAUUCAUUGUACGUGUAUAUGUAUAUAUAAAAACUGGUGUUAAGCAGUAAAUUGUAUAAGAAUCGCAUAGCUAAUAUCUCUAAUUUUAAAACAAGAUAGAUAAACAACUUUCUCAAAUGAAAGGUUUAGUGUAAUCUAUUGUAAAUGAUUUCAAUCCAUCAAUUCAUCCUUCUACGUGCAUAUUAAAUGUUAAAGAAUUAUUUUAUCAAUGAUAUUUAAUUUUGUAAAAUAUUUUGUAGUAUCUGAAUCCAAAGCUGACUUUGAUAUAAAUGUACAUCUGAGAGUAAUGCAAAAAUAUUUAUAUUUGGACAAGGUAUGAUAGCUACUAAAGCAUUGGUGAUCUUAUAUAAAUUCUUAUCGUUCAAUUCAUUGAUUGUAAGUGUUCACACCUUAUAAUGGAGAUGGAAUUUUCUAUAAUUAUUCAAUAUUGCCUUUUGGAUUGUAAUGUCCACUUUAACAAACCUAAAGAUUAAAUGUGAUAUUUAUCUGUAAUAACCGCCAUUUAACUUUGAAGCCAAACUACAUCUUGUUUUAGGUGAACCUCCUUUUACUGUCACAAAUGUAGAGAAGUCACUUAAAAUAAAUGUAAAUGAUAAUAUGUUUUCAAACCUACAUGUACCCACUAGGCCUAAAGUCACAGGACCAGGAUUAAGGUGUCUAGCAAACCAGUGACAACAAAAAAACCCUUGCAGAACUUCUGCAGAUUGCUGAUGUAAAAUAGAUCCAUAUUCUUAAUAUGUAUUUAACUUUAUUGUUGCUUUCUGCGAAAUAUUUAAAACUUGAAUGUUGCCAUCUAUUUUAAUACCAUCAGCUUCAGCACCUUGAAGCUUCAGACCUAUUAUCUCUAAUUCUCCUAGAUAAUAGCUAUAUGAAAGACUGCUGGGACUCUACCUAUCUACUGACACAACAAUCAACUAAUGUAAACAAUGUAGGGUAGCAAUAAAAUAAUAUUGAUUUGAAGAGUCAUGGAACUUGCUGUGUGUUGGAGAGAUCCUUAUGACAUGUAUCAGAGUGACAUUACAGGGGGAAAAUUCCCUAGAAUGCAGGGUGUAGCAAAAUCAUAAAUGUGUACUUUAUAAAUACAUGUAUGGUAUUGUCAGAUGCAGUGAAAAUGAAAUUUUCCACUCUACCAUUUCAUGAAAUUUUAUAUAUCCUAACAAUCUAUUGCAGUUUAGUAUAAUAGAAAUAGCAAAUGAGUGAAAUCAAAUGGUUAAGUCUGCCAUUUUUGUUAGGUGCCUUACCUCACAAUUCAGUUAAAAUUGUCUCCGCAAAGGUUCUUCUCAAACAAAACACUAAAACUAAUAAUUCUUUCACUUUGAGGCUAAAAACACUCUCCAUCUAAAUUAAUAUGUAUUAGUUGAGCAAUAUAACUUUUAAAAUAUGAUUGUAUGUGAUUCUCCACAUUUUGAAAACAUAUUUAUUAUUUUAAAUCACUAAAGCUAAUAAAAAUUGUACAAGUAGCAUUUUGCCUUAAAUCUACAAGAAGUGUCUGAAUGUGUUAUGUGAGAAAGGCUAUGCAAUAAACUGCCUGAUUUACUGAUGUGCAAAAAUACAAUUAUUUUCUUGAAUGUAAUGCUUAAAAAUGGGUUUUUAAACUUUCAUAAUAUUCCACAGAAUGAUGCAUUCAAAUCUAGAUGCUCUACAAUUAAUGUAUUCAGCAAUGAAGGGACAUGUUCAACACCAAAAUGUUAUGUUAAAGUUGCUUAACUUUAUUUUAUGAUUGUAAAACUUGAGAAUUGUUCACCUAGUAUCUCUCAAUUUUAACAGGAAUAGUGUGCCACUUCAGUGUCAGUGCUGUAAUCAUCCUUAGAGGAAAGAUGGUGGAAAGGUUAGGUUGUUGCUUUUCCACUUUGGGAGUAAUAGAGGAGGAAACUGGUCAUUUGAGGCAAGAGCAAGAUAGUUCUUUUAACGAAGGGACAAAAGGCUAAUUGCUGUUGUAUUGCUGCUCUGUACUACAGUUCCCAUUUAUUAUUAAAUGUAUGCUUUUCUGUA